AAAAAGCAAGGGAUAACAUAAUCUGCUGCUUGGCCCUGUUGUGCCGGGCCAUUCAGUGUAGUGUAUGGGCAGGAAACGUGUUAUUAGAGCUGUGCACAAUUGGUUGAUUGUUUAUGUACAAAUGAACUUAUAAGUAUACUUUAUCAAAAUUUAUAUGACGUAAGAGCUCUAAAAUUCCACGGAUUGGUUGAUUAAAAUUGGUUUUCAUACUGUGUUGUUAUUGUAAACAAGUGAUUACCAUUGCUGUGUGGGCUGAGCAAGGAGGUUCGUGACUGCUUGUGUCAAUGGCGACAGAUCACUUUGCUUGAAGUUUGUGGGAUUUCGUGUGAAUUUUAGCUGAGAAUGCUGUAUAAAUGUGGCUAAGUAUCAAUUAAAACUCGUCUUAUGUUGUAAAAAUUGACAGAACGAAUAUUUUUUAUGUGAGCGUAAGUAGACAAGCCUUGUCGAAUGCAUUUCGUACGUCAUAUUGUUGCAACCUAGUACAUCGAAGAUUACAAUCCUUAGUGAUAUUUGUUGAUAAUUAAACUUUUGUUAUUAAUGAAAUAGACUGUUUUCAAUAAGUUUUUUUUCCGUGGAAUGUUAAUAAAAUCUGAUAAAAGCACUUAUCAGUUAUUUACAGUACAUGUUACAUACAGAUGGUGGACAUUUUGCAAGUGUAGUUAGUACUUUAUUGUUUGACAAUGGACGUUUCUGGCCUGAAACCUUGGGCUUAGACUUUUAUAAGUAAGCAAAUGUUUAAACAAUCAUCUGGAUACACUCAAUUCCAAGGAGUUCCAUAUGACGUGACAGGGAGCAAGCAGUAUGCAAGUAGUUUUGCUUGUGUUUAUGGCACUUCGCCUGGGAGGUGUAACGACUACUAUUGUGAAGACGUUUUCCGACGAUGCGGGAACAGAGAAAUUCAACCACAUGGUGGUCGACAAGAACACGGGUCGAGUUUUUGUGGGUGCUGUGAACAGAUUGUACCAACUGUCUCCUGAUCUGGAGUUAGUGAUGAGUGAUGUGACGGGUCCACACGAUGACUCUCCUGAGUGUUCGGUCAUUGACUGUCCCAGCAAUGUCGUCAAGAAAAAGACAGAUAAUGUAAAUAAAGCGCUAGUCAUCGAUUACACUAUGAGCAGGCUAAUAUCAUGUGGCAGCUUAUUUCAAGGAAUGUGCUCUGUAAGGAAUCUACAUAAUAUUUCCGAUGUGGCACAAUCUGUGAAGGAAGCCGUGGUAGCUAACAACGCAACAGCAUCUACUGUUGCCUUCAUCGCUCCAGGACCUCCACAUCCUCCUGUCUCGCAGGUUAUGUAUGUCGGUGUUACAUAUACCGGCAACUCACCGUAUCGGUCUGAAGUGCCAGCCGUAUCAUCACGCAGUUUAGACAAGGACAAAAUGUUCAUGAUAGCCGCCACCGCUGUCACCACUGGAACGAGGAUGUUUGUCAAUUCUUUAGCACGAGAACGUUAUCCAAUCAAUUAUAUUUACGGUUUUGCAUCUGAAGGCUUUAGUUACUUUUUGACCACACAAAUGAAGUAUAGUUCACCAUCCCCUUUCAUUUCAAAAUUAGUUCGUGUAUGUUUUGAUGACAGCAAUUAUUAUUCUUACACGGAGAUACCAAUAGAUUGUAUCAGUGAAGGAGGAAAAGCUUACAACUUGGUGCAGGCGGGAUUUGUUGGGAAGCCAGGAUCAGAUUUGGCUGCAGACCUAGGAAUAACUGCACAAGACGAUGUAUUGUUUGCAGUAUUUUCUGAGAGCGAACAAAAUGAAGGGGAAGGUUCAAGCAAACCCAGUCAGUUUAGUGCAUUGUGUGUUUACUCUUUGAAAGCGAUCCGUCGGAAGUUUAUGCAGAAUAUCAAGACCUGUUUCACCGGAAUGGGCAACCGAGGAUUGGAUUUCAUCUCUCCAAGUCAUGGGUGCAUACUUACGAAGCUGCAGACAAUUGGAGAAGACUUCUGUGGGCUGGAUGUGAACACACCUCUAGGGGGAGAGACACCAAUGGCUGCUGUACCAGUCGUCGUGUUCAACCACCACUUGACCGCCAUUGCUGCCACCUCCACAGGCGACUACACCGUGGUCUUUGUGGGAACCAGCAGUGGCCAUCUCAAGAAGAUUGUGGUGGAGAGCUCAAAACUAGCAUUAGAGUAUGGAGAUCUGCCUGUGGUUGAAAAUUCUCCAGUCAAUCCAGACCUGAGAUUUGACAACCAGCUCUUACACCUUUACGUCAUGACGGAGAAGAAGGUGUCUAAAGUGAAGGUGCAAGAAUGUAAUGUUUACAAAUCAUGCUGGGAUUGCUUGGGAGCCAAGGACCCAUACUGUGGAUGGUGCUCACUGGAGAACAAAUGCAGUCUCCGGAGUGACUGCCAAGAUGCUGCUAAGGACGCGCUGUACUGGAUCUCAUACAAGAGUGGACGUUGUACUACUAUCACAACAGUGAAUCCUAACCAGCUUCAACGCACAACUGCCAGAACACUGGAGCUAGUAAUAGACAACUUGCCCACCCUGUCAGGGCAGUUCCAGUGUGCAUUCACAGCCCUAGACAAGUCACUGACAACUAACGCCACUCGCAAGCCGUAUGGAGUGAAUUGUACCACACCACGCACUGACUUACUGCCUUCCAUUCCACAGGGCCAACAUCAUUUCACAGCAAAGUUGUCAGUGCGAAUGACUAACGGACCAGAUUUUGUGGCAACUAACUUCACAUUUUUCGACUGCAACACGUAUAGCUCUUGCACACAGUGUGUAUCCUCAUCAUUUCCCUGCGAUUGGUGUGUGGACGGCCACCGGUGUACACACGACACUGCGGAGAACUGCCGUAACGACAUCCUUGUCACAGGCGUCAGUAGGAUAGGGCCGAGUUACCGCAGUGGGCCAGGAUUCUGCCCAACUAUCAAUGCCACAUCUGGAGGUUCUACUGAGAUUCUUGUGUCGUCAGGACUCAAGAAGAGUCUCAGAGUCAAAGUCCAUAUAAUUGGGCAAUUUAUAGUACAAACCAGGUUUGUAUGCCAGUUCAACAUUGAGGGACGGGUAACAAGUGUGAAUGCUAACCUCCUUGGAGACACUAUCUAUUGUGAGAGCAUGGAAUUCUCAUACACCUCUAAGGCGCCCAACAUCACAGCAACGUUUGCUGUCAUCUGGGGUGGCUCAAAACCAUUGGACAACCCGGACAAUAUCCAUGUGGUGAUUUACCGGUGCAGAGAGAUGGCGGACAACUGUGGGAUGUGCCUGGCAUUGGCUGACAAGUUCGCAUGUGGCUGGUGCCAGGUAUCAGACCGGUGUGAGGUGAGUGAGCAGUGCGAUCGUGGUGGUGGUGUGUGGCUCAACCGCAACCACACCUGCCCGAACCCUGAGGUGACAUCCUUCACUCCUCAGCUGGGGCCAUGGGAGGGUGGCACAAACAUCACCAUCGAGGGCAUCAACUUGGGAAAGACCUAUCAAGACAUUUACGGCGGUGUUGAAGUUGCUGGUCUGCCUUGCGAACCAUACGAAGAACUGUAUGAAAAAACAAAACGCAUAGUCUGCCGAGUUGAUAGUCCAGGAACGAAUGUCAUGCGACGAGGCCCUGUUGUGGUUCGAGUGGAAGAUUUCCGAGGGGAGAGCAAACAAACAUAUGAGUUUGUAGAUCCCAGUUUGGAAGCUAUCUCUCCCAAAUUUGGUCCGAGAUCUGGAGGUACUCUGCUGAAAAUUCAAGGCAACUAUAUGAACGCAGGUUCUCGAAUUCAGGCAUCUAUUGAUACUCUACCCUGCGACAUUAUUUCUACCAGUCCUAAUGAAGCUUUAUGUAUCACCAGUGCAUCUGAUCGGCAGCGCAGUGGCAAAGUUAAGAUGAAAUUCGAUAAAGGUGAUCGCUCAUAUGACAAAGAACUGUUUGAAUAUGUGGAAGACCCAACUAUUGAAUCUGCAGAAUCUGGAGUUGCUAGCCAGCUCAAAAUCCCCAAAGGUAUUCCAGCUGGGGGCAUACUUAUAACCGUGACAGGAAAGAAUCUUGCCUAUAUCCAGAAUCCUCAGAUGUAUGUUUACUACAACGGCAAAAUCUUUCUCAGUAAAUGCAAUGUGAGAAGUAAUUCGCUGAUGAAGUGCUACUCUCCUGAGAUCAACAUAGGGAAUGCAGAUUUGGAUGCAGAACAUCCAGAGAAGCUAGAGUAUGGAUUCAAAAUGGAUAAUGUGGCCGGUGUACAGAACCUAACUCGGUUCAGCUUUCAUCCAUUCACCUUGUACCCCAACCCGGUGUAUGACAAGUUUGACGAGGAAGUCAAAUAUUACAAGAGUGACUACCUGACCAUCAACGGUCAACACUUGGAUAGAGCAUGUCAAGAGGCAGAUGUGAAGGUAAAAAUCGGUAAUGCCGAUUGCAAUGUAACAUCAUUAUCACGACAGCAGCUAACUUGUCGACCACCCCCAACCCAGCCCCUGGAUAGCCAUGACAACCAAAACAUUGAGCCAAACAGUCUCCCGGAGGUUGUGGUGAUGGUCGGUGCUAGUGGUGCAUUGCGAUACACUAUUGGUCGCCUCAGUUACGAGUCACCUACCGACAUUAAUGGCCCACUCAGCAAGCCAGCCCUGUUUGGAGUGAUUGCAGGCAUAUUGCUGCUUCUUCUAGUUUUUGUCGCAUUCCUUAUUGCUUAUCGUCGCAAGUCUACUGAGAGCAACAGAGUUCUCAAGAACAUGCAAGAGCAAAUGGAUAUUCUAGAGUUGAGAGUGGCUGCAGAGUGUAAAGAAGCGUUUGCUGAGUUGCAAACUGAGAUGACUGACCUGACGGGUGAUUUGACGUCUGGAGGAAUUCCAUUCCUGGACUACCGCACCUACGCCAUGAAGAUCCUGUUCCCUAGCACUGAAGACCAUGCAGUCUUACAGUGGGAGCGGCCUGAGCUGUUGCGCAAUGACAAGGGUCUACGGCUCUUCGGCCAGCUUAUACUCAACAAGACGUUUCUACUUCUCUUCAUUCGCACUUUGGAGAGUAAUCGCUAUUUCUCCAUGAGGGAUAGGGUAAACGUAGCUUCUUUGAUAAUGGUGACCCUACAAAGCAAGAUGGAGUAUUGUACAGACAUACUAAAAACUCUGCUUGCUGAGCUUAUUGAGAAGUGUAUGGAAGGGAAGAGCCAUCCCAAACUCUUACUUCGCAGAACGGAAAGUGUGGCGGAGAAAAUGUUAUCAGCUUGGUUCACCUUCCUGCUAUACAAGUUCUUGCGGGAGUGCGCAGGUGAACCUCUGUAUAUGUUGUUCCGGGCUAUGAAGCAACAAGUGGACAAGGGGCCAGUCGAUGCUAUCACUUCCGAGGCCAGAUACUCACUUAGUGAAGAGAAACUUAUUCGACAAUCUAUAGAUUUUAAACCACUAACUGUGCUGGUAUCCAUUUCACAACAGACAGUGUUUGUCACUGGCUUGGAUCCUAACACAGAGAAUGUUCAAGUUAAAGUUUUGGACUGUGAUACUAUUUCUCAAGUUAAGGAGAAAGCUCUAGAUACAAUUUAUAGAAAUGUUCCAUAUAGUCAACGCCCACGUAAAGACGAUUUGGAUGUUGAGUGGAGAACUGGCACUUCUGGUAGGUUAAUUCUGUAUGAUGAAGACAGUACAACAAAAACCGAAGGUGAAUGGAAGAAACGAAAUACUCUCAAUCAUUAUAGGGUACCUGAUGGAGCUUGUUUGAAUCUGGUUUCAAAACAGUCAUCAGUUUACAAUCUGUCAAUUCUGUCAGACAAAACUGACAAAUCACACAAAUACGAGACUUUGAACUUGAGUAAGUUCAGUUCUGGCAGCCCACCUCUCAGCAGGGCGACCUCUCCACUCAAUCAUGACCACGAUGGUGGUCUAAAGGUGUGGCAUUUAGUAAAACAUCAUGACACCGAUGCACAAAAAGAAGGUGAACGUGGAAACAAAAUGGUGUCUGAAAUUUACCUCACAAGAUUAUUAGCGACAAAGGGUACUUUACAAAAGUUUGUAGACGACUUGUUUGAGACAAUCUUCAGUACAGCUCACAGAGGAAGUGCUCUGCCACUGGCCAUUAAGUAUAUGUUUGAUUUCCUCGAUGACCAGGCUCUGCAGCACAGUAUCACUGAUCCAGAGGUUGUACACACAUGGAAAAGCAAUAGCCUGCCUCUACGAUUUUGGGUUAAUCUUAUAAAGAACCCCAACUUUGUGUUUGACAUUCAUAAGUCAAACAUUGUGGACUCCUGCUUGUCCGUAGUGGCCCAAACGUUCAUGGAUUCCUGCUCUACUUCUGACCACAGGCUAGGCAAGGACUCACCCAGCUCAAAGCUGCUCUAUGCCAAGGACAUCCCUGUGUACAAAGAGUGGGUGGAGCGGUACUACUCAGACAUCAAGAUGAUGCCAGCUAUCUCCGACCAAGAUAUGGGAGCCAUGUUAGCAGAGGAGUCGAGGGCUCAUUCAACAGAGUUCAAUACAAACUGUGCACUACAAGAAUUGUAUAACUAUGCCAUGAAAUACAAUGAACAGUUGAGUGUCACUCUAGAAGAGGAUGAGUUCUCACAGAAACAAAGACUAGCGUUUAAACUGGAGCAAGUCCACAAUAUAAUGGAAUCUAACCCGUGAGCCGACUUGUUCUCUUUUUUACAUUGCUCAAAUGAAUGAUGAGUGACAGUGACAGGAAAUAUUCCCCUGAAGUGCCUCGGUAGAAUGAGUCUGCUGAAAGUGUCGUAUGAGUGAAGUCAAGAACUCGACAUUCCGCCCAAUCAAGCGGUUUUCAAUAAUGACUAAUGGAAAGAACAAAAUGUCUUCAGACGAAUCCAAUGAAUGUGUGGUGUGUUUGGGUGGUUGUAGGAAGUUCGCUAUAUAUUUUCUAUCUGUACUUAAUUGUUUUCAGUCAUCUUUGUCAAUAAUAAAAAAUAUAUAUAAUAAUCAUCGGUGUUGUUUGAAGCUUGAAAUGUUUAUCAAAUUCAAUACUUUGUACGUUUGCAAUGUAUGAGAACCGUUAUUUCUUGACUUUGUGUUGAAAGCUUUUCAACUCAACCCACUUUAACAAACAGUGUUAAAUUAUGUUUGUUUUUAAAACACAACGAAAAUUAUUACAGCAGUGUAUGUAUCACAAUGCGGCGAACUUUCAUUUCAUUCAUAAGCUCAUUUGUGUCAUGUGUGUGUCUGGUUUCUGCAACACCCAAGCUAACCAUUUUCGACUGAUCAAUAAUUUAUGCCUCGUUAUCAUUUCCUAACUCAUUUAAUUUGUAUACGAGGUUAUACCCACUUUUUAGUUAUUAAGCUAGUUUGUCAAAUUAAAAAAUAUAGCAAUAAAUAUGUACACUUCAGCUAUAUUUUUAUUAUAUAUUUUUCAAUAUUAAUUAUUGCAUUUUGUUACCAACUGAUAUUAGUCAUCAAAGGCAUUUAUUUGAAAAUACCUACUCAAACAUUGAUGAGCUAUUAUGAUCAAUAUGAGAAUAAUGAUCAAAUGGGUUACGUACUCAUCUUGGCAACUAAGUAUGUAUGUAAAAAUAAUAUUUUUAUUUUAACAGAUGAUAAUGUUUUAUAUUGAGCAAUACAGUUCUUUUAUUAUAUUAUAUCUAGUUCCUUUUAUUUGUAUUCCUCUUGUAAAUACUGUACUUAAAAACUAGUUUUAAGGUUUUUAUACAACCACAAACGAGCUUUUGAAUGAUCAAUUUAUCUUUACUUUCAAUGUAUAAAAACUAAAACACAUUGUCUACAUCUUUAGUAUCAAACAAUCUAUCCAGUGAAGGAAAACUUAACAAUAAUAUUUUUAAUAAUCCUUCAUCUUGCCUGUUUAAGAAACAUUUGAAUUGAUACAUCCACCUUUUAUUGCAAAAUAAUAAAAAGUAUAAAAAUUGUAAUAUUGUAAAAGUAACUGGACCAUAUUCAGAGUUAGCAUAACUUGGUUUCUGGAAAUAAGUGGUAGAUUUUGUAUUACAAAGUGCAAAAACCUUUUAGCAAUCAAUGAAAUGACAAUGUCUCAGGGAUAAGUAAGUAAAUGUUUUGUUGUUGUUUGAAUGUAUUAAACAUAUGUGUUAUUUCCUCUGUAAUGUGGUCCAGUGGUAAAUACAUUCCUUGAUAAAAUGAUAACAUUCCACGCAAGCCGUUACUGUGUAAGUGAUGUGUCGUUGUAUCAUAACUGUAAUGUCUAAGAUGAAAUUAGGAGGGGUCGGUAGACUAAAGUUUAUUCACAAAUUUUAAUUAAACAUCUGUUGUAAUUUAUUGUAGACCCUAAAGGAAUCAACGAAUAUAUUUUUUGUAGUCGUUUAAUUGUAACAAUAAUUUCAUUAUUAGUUUGUGUUAAGUGGAAUCCAAUAAGCAUUUUUACAGCAUUUUUAGGGGAAAUCUGGCCCUGAUUGUUUGGAUAUGAAUUGCAAUGCCUCUAACCCUUUGUAAAGUAGAUUUAAGAUGUUAUGUAACACCUUAUAAGAAGUGACUUUUCUUAAAAGUAAACAAAUGGAUGUUGUCAAUAAUUAAAUGUGAAUAGCAAUACGGGUAUGUCUGUUGUCCGGCCUUACGACCUGGCCAGCUCUAAUGUUGUGUGCUAGUGCUACGCUACCACCAUUGGCUGGACAUAGUGGAACACAUCGCAUUUCAUCUAAAACCUCUUUUAUGACUGCCAUGUAUCGUUUAAUUUAUAUGUUUUAUGAUUUGUGAAUGUCUGAUUUAAAUGUCUUCCAUGUUGCACCAAAUUGUCGAGACGGCUGCUGCAGCGGCUCCUGUUGAUGUGUCGAUGUGGUAUUUGUGUCGGGUGAUAGAUGUAUCGGUGUGGCACGUUACCGAGGACCAAACGACCACCCCCUUCCACUUCCACUAAACAUUUUGUGUUCCAAUCCACUAUUCAAACAGGUGUAUCAAACAUAAUCAAUUCUGUAAAAAUAAUACUCUAUACGUUUUAUACGUAUAUACAUACAUGUAUAAAUAUAUGAUAUUAUUAUGUGCUGUGUAUAUAUAUACAUAUACAUUUAUGUAUAUAUAUAAACAUAACAAGACGAGCAAUGUUAGGCAACAGUCACCAUGUUAUUUUAUUAUGGAUAAUACGAUUAUUAUUAAAAUGUCAGAUUUGAUGAAUGCACUUGUAAAUAAUUUAAUUUUGCUUAAAUUGAUGGAUGUAUUGAAUGGAAUGUAUGAUAAUUUAUACGCAUCAUUGCUGGUCCGCAACACCACUAAUAUAACUUUAUCAUUUGACUGUAUGGAUAUGCUCAGUGUUUUGUCACUAAAUGAAUGCAAUUUUUCAUGCAA